AUGUACUGGCCCAUUGGAGCUCCACGAAUAUAUGCGGCCAGCAAUAGCAAAGCAGAUGCACGACGGUACGAAUUCGAUGAGGAGGAGGACGACGACGCUGAAUCGCGCGAGGCUACGGAAGGGAGUGGAUCUUUGUUGAAUGCUCCAAGUGUGGAUGGCGAAGGCAAUCCAGAAGCGGAACUUCCACCCAUACCCAAAACUCCAAAAACUCCCAUCACUCCUGGAAUAAAGCCCGUGGAGCAGAACGAUUCUCAGAGCUAUUUUUCGACACAUGGGCAUGGAAACGGGAGGCACUACUCUCGCUCCACCGAGCGGGACCCCCUCCUUGCCAUGCAAAUAUCGCGGACUGGACAUUUAUUUGCAGUUAUUACCUCGACCACCUUGACUAUAUGGCAGACGAAGCCAACUGCUAUCCUUGCAGUUGUAAUACGCUCCCACAAGUCAUUGAGUACAUACGGAACCAAUGUGUCCCUUCUUGUCCGCCCAGACUCCGCAAUCUUUGUAGUUCAGACCACUUCGGGAUACUUGAUCACAUACACAUUGGCAACGGACCCCGAUGCCCGAGUCUUUCGACCGCACUUUUCGAGUAGCACGAGCGGGCAAGCAAGAAGACAAAGCAACUUCACAGGGGCCAGGAAUGGAGGGGAUCGAAUACUAUGGGGUCCCGGUGAAGGAGGUGGGGUGCGCGAAGUCAGUGUGAGGUUUCGGAUGGUUAUAAAAGUCGAUGCUGGAAUUGCAAAAGCUUUAGCUUUGGAUGAUGAGCUUGUGGUAGCCACCCAAAAACCUGCAGCUGUGCAAUGCAUCAGAUGGACGCCAGAUUCCGCAGGUAAUCAGACAAGUUACGAACUUUUCAAUCGUAUGGAAUGGCUCCCUAAAAAAGUGAACGUGACGGAGUUGAUUCAUGAUAGGCCAAUGAAUCUAUCUUGUUGGGUCACGAAUGAUGGUAGAGCCUACGCAGUACAAAGACUUUCUCAAGCUGUUCCGGCAGAUGGUCCGCAGAAGCUUUUCCGGGGUUACUGUUUCCAUACACCUAAAUCGCCUGACAACCAUGCAGUAAAAGCGGCUAUUAAUGCCAGAUUCUCUCUUAUUGCUAUUGGAUGCUCUGAUGGGACUAUUCAGGUCUACACGGCCAGAGAUUAUGUGGGAAACAUUCCAGCUUCACAUAUCCACAGACUCUCGGUAUCGAGACAGACCUCAGGCUCCAUAACAUGCUUGUCAUAUUCUCCAGAUGGCUACUGCCUAUUUGCCGGUUAUGAGAAUGGCUGGGCAAUCUGGAGCGUGUUCGGAAAAGCCGGUGCCACGAGUUUUGGCUCAGAUAAAAGGAUAUCUGACACUCAUAAGGAAGGCUGGCUUGACGGUGUCAAGGAAGCCAACUGGUUUGGCGGUGGUUCAGAAAUUCUCAUCAUCGGAAAUGAUGAUGAUCGAAUCUGGACCUUGGAAAUGGCUAGAAGUGGCAUAACUGGUUGUUAUACAUCCUCCAACAUCUCACGAACCUUGCUUCAAACCACUUCGAGUAUAAUGGUGUAUCGUGGAUACGAUUUGCCGGACCUGACAACAAUAUCAGCUGAAUCAUCGCUUUGGCACACUGCUCAAAUUCCAUCUAGUUAUCUUGUUGAUCAAUGGCCUAUACGAUGCUCGGUUAUUUCUGCUGAUGGUAGAUAUGUCGCUGUUGCUGGCCGUCGAGGGUUGGCGCAUUACAGCGUCAAUAGUGGGAGAUGGAAAACUUUCGUGAACGAGAACAUGGAGAAUGAGUUUCAGGUUCGCGGAGGAAUGUGUUGGUAUCAACAUAUUUUGGUUGCAGCUGUCGAAGCUGGUGAUUCCUUCGAAAUACGCUUGUAUUCUCGAGAGUCAGCACUCAACGGCUCUUUAGUGCUUCAUUCUCAAGCGCUUCCAGCACCAAUCGUACUUAUAGCGCCUUCUGGAGAAGAUUCGUUGCUUGUCUACACAUACGACAAUCUUCUUUACCACUAUAUUAUUACAUCUUCCGCGGAAUCGGUUCAACUUAUUCAGGUGGGACAAAUUGCCUUCCACGGAAUAGUUAGAUCGCCAGCACGAGUACGAGGCUUAAGUUGGAUAUUACCGGAUGAGCAGCUGUUAGAAGGAGACCCUUCUCAGGAUGUCGCUGUAGCGACGGUUUUAUUCCUCGUCGAUGGGAAGCUGGUGCUCCUCCAGCCGUCACUCAACGAAGAGGGGAGGUUAAAGUAUGACAUGCGGGUCAUUACCCAAAAUGUGGAAUACUAUGCACUGAUAAGGGACCUUCCUUUUGCAAGCUCACCACGAAAUUUGGACCAUACUAAUAGUUAUAACGACGAUGCCAAAAGCAUAAGCGAGGGGACUGGCCUAAAGGACUCUUUAUGGAUCUUUGAAGGCAAUGAAAUGAAGGUCUGGACGGACGUUCAAGAUGUUCUUCGAUCAGCACCAUCCGAGUUAAGCAGGGAGCUCCCUCCACUCGUAUCGAUACCUGUAGAUUUCUAUCCAUUAUCAGUUUUACUUGGGAAGGGCAUUCUACUUGGACUUGAACCAGAUCUGGUUCAGCGCCGAGAUGUGAACUUUGCUUUCUUCAAGUUCACAAUCCGGACUCACCUAUUCAUCCCCCAAGUCCUCCGCUUCCACCUCUCACGCUUCGACUCCCCCGCAGCCCUCCACCUAGCCCACCAAUACCACACCCUCGAAUACUUCCCGCACUCCCUCGAAAUCCUCCUCCACACCGUCCUCGACGAAGAGGUCGACCACACCCCCUCCCCCGAAACCGCCCUCCUCCCCGUCGUCCUAUCCUUCCUCUCCUCCUUCUCCUCCUACCUAGACAUCGUCGUGCAAUGUACACGCAAAACAGAAGUCCGUUCCUGGCGCACCCUCUUCACAUACCUCCCACCGCCCCAAGAACUCUUCGAGGAGUCCCUCCAACGUGGAUCCUUGAAAACAGCUGGUGGAUAUCUUUUAAUCCUGCAUACCUUUGAGGAAUUAGGCUCCAGUAGCGAACAGCUCGUUCGUCUCCUCAGUCGUGCCAAAGACGAAGGCGAUUGGGAGUUAUGCAAAGAACUCGCUAGGUUUUUGCAGGCGCUUGAUGAGAGCGGGAAUACGUUGCGUGAGGCGUUAGAGAUGGUGGAUCUUAAGAGCCCCGGCGUAGAGAGGGAGUAUCAGAGUUUCAUGUUUGAGGGGAGUAGAUUGAAGGUUCCAAGACCGACGAGGCAGAUUCCUGCGGAUGAUAGUGGCAGAGAUAGUAGUGGGAGUCGGAGUAGGAGUCCCGGGGAGAGGAGUGAGAGUGAUUAUUUUGGUGAUGGGGUUGGGGUUUGA